CAAGGGGACGUAACCGUCGCGUAAAAACGAAAGUACAAUAAUUGUAACUUGUGUUUGUGAUGACCCAGGAUUUUCCUUGCCAGUAGUGCGAAAACAAGAGUCAUGGCGAGUCACGCAAUUUUACACAGUGGAUAUCAUCACCCUACACUGAGGGCCUGGCAGUCCCAGGGUACUACGAUAUGUCCUGACAACUUAAUGUACCCGUUGUUCAUAGUAGACGACCCUGAUGCAGUCCAAGACAUCAAAAGCAUGCCAGACCAGCACCGUUAUGGCGUCAACAGGCUGAGGGAGGCUGUGGGGCCGCUGGUUGAGAAAGGUCUGAAGGCCGUGCUGUUGUUUGGUGUACCGGAGAACUUGGAGAAGGAUGAAAAAGGUUCCGCAGCCGACGCCCCUGACACACCUGUUAUCCUGGCCAUCAAGGCACUGAGACAAGAUUUCCCCUCCCUCCUCAUUGCUUGUGACGUGUGUCUGUGUCCCUACACCUCUCAUGGACAUUGUGGCUACCUUAGACCAGAUGGGACCAUUGACAAUGAGCCAAGUAUAGAAAGGCUGGCUGAAAUAGCUGUAGCUUAUGCUAAAGCAGGAUGUCACAUCAUUGCCCCCUCUGAUAUGAUGGAUGGAAGGAUUGGGGCCAUAAAAAAAGCUUUGUUCAACUCUGGCAUCGGCCACAAGGUGUCUGUCAUGAGCUACAGCGCUAAAUUUGCUUCAAGUUUUUAUGGUCCUUUUAGGGAUGCAGCUAAAAGUGCCCCCAGUUUUGGUGACAGGAAAUGCUAUCAGCUGCCCCACGGUUCCAUUGGUCUGGCAGAGAGAGCUGCGGACAGAGAUGUAGCAGAAGGGGCAGAUUUUUUGAUGGUCAAACCUGGCCUGGCAUACCUGGAUGUUGUCAGACUUCUGAAGCAGAAGUACCCCACCCACCCCAUGGCCAUCUACCACGUGUCUGGGGAAUACGCCAUGUUGUACCACGCUGCCAAAGCUGGAGCAUUUGAUCUGAGGGCAGCAGUCAUGGAGACUCUGCAGUGUAUGAGGAGAGCUGGUGUGGAUAUUCUGAUCACUUACUUCACCCCCCAUGUUUUGGAAUGGUUGAGGAACGACACACUAGCUGCAGUAUCCAAGUCUUCUUAAAGUCUGGUUUAAAGAGUACAUUAGGAUGUGUUCAAAACUUAUUAAAGUUUGGUUUAGAGAGUACAUUAGGAUGUGUUCAAAACUUAUUAAAGUUUGGUUUAGAGAGUACAUUAGGAUGUGUUCAAAACUUAUUAAAGUUUGGUUUAGAGAGUACAUUAGGAUGUGUUCAAAACUUAAUAAAGUCUGGUUUAGAGAGUACAGUAGGAUGUGUUUAAAACUUAUUAAAGUCUGGUUUAGAGAGUACAGUAGGAUGUGUUUAAAACUUAUUAAAAUCUGGUUUAGAGAGUACAGUAGGAUGUGUUUAAAACUUAUUAAAGUCUGGUUUAGAGAGUACAGUAGGAUGUGUUCAAAACUUAAUAAAGUCUGGUUUAGAGAGUACAGUAAGAUGUGUUUAAAACUUAUUAAAGUCUGGUUUAGAGAGUACAGUAGGAUGUGUUUAAAACUUAUUAAAGUCUGGUUUAGAGAGUACAGUAGGAUGUGUUUAAAACUUAAUAAAGUCUGGUUUAGAGAGUACAGUAAGAUGUGUUUAAAACUUAUUAAAGUCUGGUUUAGAGAGUAUGAUGUGUUCAAAAUUUAGGUUUGAGAGUAGGUCAUGUGCAGUAAACAGCAGAUCUUGUUCAUAACUUUGCGAUGGAGGGAAGGUUUUGCUUAGAACGAUAUGAGAACUACAACCUAGCUGUUUUGUUAAACUCUAAAAAGGUUCUAAUUAAAUUUUAGUGUAAUUGUCAGCAAUCGAUGUCUGUGUUCAUUUAUGUGUCUGAGCCCUCAGAUUUAUCUUUGAUCUUCUCCUUGUGUGUGGAGGUAGUCUGAUUUUAGCUCGAGUUUAAGGAGAGAUAUACAAUAUUUAUGUUUGUUGAUGAAUCAAAAUAUAUAAUCUUAACAUGACCAUAUUUUAAUGAAUCAAAACAUAGCCAUGUUUAUACAAGAGUUUGUUGGUGCUGUUUUCAAAUAUUUGUUGCUGAUGUAGUCAGAUAUUUAUUAGUGAUGUUGUCAGGUGUUUUGUUACUGAGACUGUCAAAGUGGUCAUUUUAAAAAAAAUUACUGUUAGUAACACAAAGAUAAAGAAAAACAUUUUUGUCAAUUUAUUUCAUGAAAGACCUUAACAUUAAAAUGUAAAUAUUUUAGCCAUUUAUAAUCAACAAAAACAAUUGUUUAAAAAAUGUACUAGAU